AUGUCUUGCUACGAGCAGUGCAAACAGCCCUGCCUUCCCCCUCCCAUCUGUGUGCAGAAAUGCACCCAGUGUGUGGAGCCCUGCAAGACGGUGUGUGUGGAGCCCUGUGGCAACGUUUGCGUCAAGCCAUGCUCCGCGCCAUGCGUGGAGGUCUGCCCGACACCCUGCGCCACCCAAUGCACCACGUCCUGCAGCACCCAGUGCGUGGAGCCUUGUGCCACCCAAUGCACCACGUCCUGCAGCACCCAGUGCGUGGAACCCUGCAGCACCCAGUGCGUGGAGGUCUGCCCCCCUAAGUGCAUUGACGUCUGCAUAAAGCCAUGCGCCACGCAGUGCCCAACCCAAUGUACCACCCAGUGCGUGGAGCCCUGCGUCACCCAGUGCUGCACCAAGUGCGUGGAGCCCUGCCCAGCCCCAUGCGUGGACGUGUGUGCCACUAAGUGUGUCGAUUCGUGCGAGACGGUGUGCCUGGAGCCAUGCAGCACGGUCUGCUCUCGCCCGUGCUGA